AUAGCAACAAGAAACAUGGAGCGCGCGGACAGUGAUGGCGGCGUGGGCAUUGACGGCGGCGCUCGCGGCUUCGGCUGCUGCUGCUUCGGCUGCGGCUGCUGCGGGGACUCUCCGGGCGGCUCGCGAGCAGCAGCGCGCACCCCCGAGGAGCUCGCGGAGCUGUGCGACGACGACGACGAGGAGGAGGAGGCGGAGAGCGGCGGCGGCGGCGGCCGCGUUGCUGGAGGCGCCGCCGCCGUCGUCGAGAGUCUGGAGCGGCGGGACGCGUGGCCCAGCGCGCUGCAGGCCGAGCACGAGGAGCGUGACGACGAGGCGGGUGACGACGACGACGACGAGGAGGAGGAAGGGGAGGGAGGAGGCGAGGACGAGGGACUGACGAAGGGCAGGACGCGGGGCGGCGGCGGCAGCAGCGGCGGCAGCAGGAGGCGUCGUCGCGUGUGCCGCGCGUGUCUCACGCGGGCCGCCCACGGCCUCUGCUUCCCGCUGCUGGGCGCCGCGGUCGCCGCGGCCGCCCUGCUGCUCGUCUGGCUGCCCGCGCGUCUCGCCUGGGCCCUGCCCCGCGCCGCGCUCGACGGCGCCCUGCGCUGGAGCGAGGAGCGCGGCGCCCUGGCGCUGCUGCUGCUGCUGGGCGCCGCCGUGCGGGGCGCGCUGGCGCUGGGAGCCGCCCUGGCCGGCACCGCCGCCGUCGUCGGCGGCGGCGGCUCCGGGCGGCGGCGGCGGCGGCACGGGGGGUGGGGGGAGGAGGAGGAGGAGGCGUCGUGGCUGCUGAGGGACGGGGUCCGAGAUGCGGUCGCGUGGACGCGCGGGGCCGUGGCGGUCAGAGGGCUCGGAGCGGCGUGCGCGUCUGCCGGGGGCCUCGUGGUGGGCAUCGAAGCCCCCAUGCUGCACGUGGGGACGGCGCUGGGCCUGUGGCUGCCCUCUCUGCUCUGCCCGGCGCUGUCCCGCGCCGGACUCCGCCCGGCGGCCCUCUGCACGGCGCGCGGGCGCCGUUGCCUCGCGGCCGCCGGUUCGGCCGCCGGGAUGGCGCUGGCGUUCGGCGCUCCCCUCGCCGGCGCCGUCUUCGGCCUCCAGAACGCGGGGCCCGGCGCCCUGGCCGACCCGGGCGUCGUCUUCCCCGUCCUGCUCAGCUCCGUCACCGCCUCCCUCGCCUUCUCGGCGCUCUCCUCCGGCGCGCUGGCGCUGUCCGGCGCUGGCGGCUCUCCUCCUGCGUGGCCCGUGGGAAUGCUCGACCUGGCCGGCGAAUCCGGCGGGCGUCCCGCGGGCGGCGCCGACCCCUGGGCGCUGCUGCCGGCGGCGAUGGCGCUGGGCGCGGUGGGCGGAGUCCACGCGGCCGCGCACCGGCGCCUGCGGGCGCGGCUGUCCCGCUACCGCGCGCGCCACGUCUUCGCCAAGCCGCCGUGCGCCGGCGCCCUCGAGGCGCUGCUCGUCUCGCUCGCCGGGAGUUGCGCCGCCUUCCUGGCUGCCGCCGCCCUCGGCUCGUGCCGCGACGACGGCGGCGCCGCCGCCGCGGGCAACGCGACGGCGGCGGGGCCCCGCGACCCGCGCGCCCUCCUGCCGUCGCUGCUCUGCCCCAACGGCACCGCCAACGACCUCGCGCGGCUGCUGCUGUCGGCGCCCGAGACGGCGCUCCGCGGCCUCCUGGGACCCGGCGCGGCGCCGUCGCCGCCCUCGCUGCUAAUGGCGCUGGGCUGCCUCGCGCCCCUCUCGCUCUGGGCCUCGGGGCUGCGGGCGCCCGGCGGCGCCUUCGCGCCGCAGCUGCUGGUGGGCGCCGUCUACGGCCGCCUGGCCGCCGGGCUCCUCCGGCGCUGGCAGCCGCGGCGGUGGCCGCCUCCGCGGCAGGACAAGCUGGCGCUGGCGGGGGCGGCGGCCGCGCUGGGCGGCGUGGCGCGCUGGCCCCUGGUGCUGGCGCUCGCGCUGGUGGAGGCGAGCGGCGCGGACGCCGAGGGCGCGGCGGCCGCGCUGCUGGCGCUGCUGCUGUCGGGCUGGCUGGCCGGCGCGUGGUCGCGGGAGCCGGCGCGCGCCGCCGCGGCGCUGCGGGGCCUCCCGCUGCUCCCCGACGACUCGGCGGAGCCGCUGCCGCCGCCGGCGCCGGGCCAGCGUUGCCAGCGCCUGCUGCUCGUGAGCGACGUGAUGGAGCCCGAGCUGGUGUACGUGUACCCGCACACGCGCGUCCAGUCGCUGGUGAGCGUGCUGCGCGCGCGCCGCCACCACGCCUUCCCCGUCGUCACUGAGGCCGCCGGCGCCUCCCACGGCGGCGCCGGCAACGCGGCGCUGCUGGCCGCGAACGGCGAGUUCCACCGCGCCGCGCUGGCUGUGACGCGCGCGAACGAGUACCGGCGCCGCAGCCGCUCGAUGCGCUCGUACCCGUCGGCCGAGCUGCAGCGGCCGCCGGGCGCCGGGCGAGGCGGCGUGCCGGAGCGGCGCCGGCGCGACGACGACGACGAGGGGGACGAGGAGGAGUCGUCGCCCGCUUGCGAGUACCUCGCCAGCGUCCUGCAGCCGGGGGUGGAGCCGUACCCGAACCUGCAGCCCGCCGGCUGGGCCAGCGGGGACGCCGGCGACCCCGGCCGAGCGGCGGACGCGGGCCUCCCCGGCGACUGGACGCUGGCCCAGCGCCUGCGGCCGCUCACCUACCACGGCAUGGUGUCGCGCUCGCGCCUCGCGGCCCUGCUGGCGCGGGGCGCGUGGUACGAGGAGGGGCGGGCACCGGCGCGGCAGCCGCGCGUGGGAGCGGCGACGCUGGCGGAGGCGGAGCGACGCGGCCUGGACGUGGGCGACCUGGAGCUGGCGCUGCUGGAGCCGCGCGCCGUCGUGGACGUGACGCCGUACGUGGACGCCGGCGCCCCCGCGGUGAACGCCCGCGCCAGCGCCGGCGAGGCCCUGCGCGUCAUGGCGGCGCUGCAGGCACGCCAGCUCGCCGUGGUCAACGCGGCGGGCCACGUGGUGGGCGUGGUGACGCGCCACGAGCUGACGCCCGAGGCGCUGCGGCGCAGUCUGCGGCGCAAGCGCAUGGCGCGCCCGUGAAGCGGGCGGCGCCCCCGCAACCUCUCGACCCCCGCCCCCCUCGCCGUGAGACCAACUUUGAACCCGUCCUUGAGAAGCUGCCGCCCACCCGCCUUGAGACACGUUGAAUAUCGUCGUCAGAAUCUUUAUUUAUGCCGGAGGAAUCCGACGAGCUGUGAAGUUAUUCGGAUGGCCACGUGACCUCGUAUGUCAUCUGUACAGACGUUAUGAUGCCACAUGACGUCCUGUCACGUGCCGUACGUGUGUAUGUUGACCUUUCCACGUACGGGCCGAAUGUGUGCAAAGGUGAGCGGCGCAGAGGUAACGCCGUGCAGGGAGGAGGGAAAGAACCUCCUUGCCUCCAAAUCGAUCCCCAGGGUGGGGGGGGGGUUCUGGAAAGCGAUCGGCGGCGGUUUUGGGACGUUUUUCCAGAAUUUUUACUUGAACAACUGAGUUUGCGGAUCUACAGGGUUGGUGGUCCAGACGUCUCGUGACCCCCCUCCCACCGCCAAUUGAUUGACCCCUCACAUUUUCUCAAAAGUUAUUACGUUUUAGAGAAUGAAAUGCGGGGGGGGGGGGGGGGGUCACAAGACAUCUGGACCAACCCUGUUGCACAUCGGUUGUGGCGACGUGAUGCGUCCGCUACUCCAAAGCUACCUUUUCGGGGUGGGGGGGGUUUUCUUCCCACUCGUUUUCUAUGUAUUUUCUUUUAUUGUUUCAUUCCUGCCAUUUUCGCUUCCCUCUUUGACUAAAGCCAUUUGAAUUCUUCAAUUUUAGCGAACAAAAAAAAUCGAUGGCCGUGUAAACACGCCCUCGAAGUUAUUCCUCGAAUGUAUUUUUUGACUGAUAAAGUUCCCACUUGUUUUUCCACUGCCGGAUGGUAUUCCACCAAAUAACAAAAAAAUUGCGGCACUCAUCCCCCCACCCACCACUCGCAACCUUGAAGCCAAGCAGUGAGAAUGCCAUGGUCACGUGCCUGCCAGGGGCCUGUAGUUUAUCCUGGGGGUGCAAACGAGUGGCUCCAUGUUGUUUUUGGCUACCGCGGACAAAUGAAAAUGAUGAUAAAAUUUUGUAUUGCUGAGCUGUGUAUGGCUCUUUCUCAGAAGCGACCUGGCUAUCACAAAUGAUAGGUCAACGAAGCGGCUUUUAAUGUGGAAAUGUAUAGCAGCCAAAUACUCUAAAUGCAUGUUUCUAAAUGUGGAGGCAAAAAUCGGAGGACCCGGAGAAAAUUCCACGGGGAGAGGGAGAGACACCGCAAACUCGAAACGCACAGCAGCAGGCGUCAUUGUCAGGAUCUAACCCACGACCUCCUGCACACCAGGCGAGGUAGUUAACAUCUCCUAGCCACCGUGGCACAGACUUCGAUGAUGGCGGUGGGAUGUCAACUCUCAACCUUUGGAGUUGCGAGCGGAGCGCUCUGUGCAUCAUCAUCAUCAGUGUUGUGCGGUUUUUCAGAGUUGCGCCCGUUUUGAAACGCUACGAACGCUGAGGGGGACAGAAAAACCGUGCAGGUUCAACGCAACCUGGCGGAACCGCUGACGCCGGACUCUUCUGCGAUGGAGCUGCGAUCGGCUCACGUUUUGGCUGUUGCCAAGCCGGCUCAACGAUGAGGCCGACCGCCGUGACGACGACGACAAAGACGACAACAGCGACAGUAAUAAUACACACUCCAGGGUUCUGUUGGUGUCCGUGACGUCACGAAGGCACCCUCGUCGGAGCGUCCGCUCUCGUCCUCCGCGGAGCCGCGGCCGGAGUGUGGAGAGCGCGGACAAGACUCUACGUUUGCAAUUCAAACGUCGAGCAAUUAAGUUAGCCGAUGCAUGUUUUGUGCCAGGAGUUCUAAUAUAUACACAGGAAGGCACUCCCCAACUUAUGAAUGCCCGCACUUACGAGCGUUCUUCCGUAAGAUAUUUAUUUAUUUAACCGCCCGACUCUUUGCGAACUUGAACUCGCGAACCGAAACCGCGGAAUUAUUUCCGUCGUCGCAUUCUUAUUUAUGGGUUUAACACCCCCCCACCCACCCACCCCGUGAACACAUUUCACAACACUUGGCCGUCCGCGCACGUGAAUACAGUACGUUGUGUUGCGACUUUAACGGAUCGUCUCCACUUGACGAACGGAACUUGUUCCCGUAAGUCGGGGACUGCGCCCUGUGCUGUACAACACAAUGUGAAUAUAUAUCUGUGUGUGCGCGCGCGUAUUUAAAGAAUGUUGCAUUAAGAGGCCGUAGCAAUCGUAGCGACGAACGAGCGUGUGGAGCCCGCUCGCCGCUGCCAUUGAAGCGCGUGACGGGCGAUGAGUGAAGGAGAUUCAACGCCCCCCCCCCCCCCCCCGCCAAGCUCACGCGCACAACCACCAGUCUCUCUGCUCACUCUUGCCCCGCAAUCCCCCCCACCCACCUUCACCACCACCACCACCGCCGCCUGCUUCCUCCCUCUUCACCGUUACUCCCCCAAACUUCCUCGGCUGGACUGUCAACUGUCAUCUCUAAAUCAUCUCUAAAGCCCCCACCCCACAUCCUCUCCUCUCGACCCCAUCCCCACCUCUGUCUCCUUUGCUCGAAACCUUGGGGUCACCUUUGAUUGCCCCUCUCUCCUUCACCAAGCAUAUCUCCACCGUAACCCACGUGCCGCUUUCAUCCCUUCAACAUCCGGAAAAUUCGCCCCCCUCAUCUCAAUCUCCGCUGCCAAAAUACUCUCCCCCUACGCCCUCAUGGCGUCUCCACCACUCCAAUCCCCUUCUUCUUGCUCUUCCUGCCUACGCCUGUGCUCCCCUCCAGCAACUUCAAGACGCUUUGGCCAGGAUUAGUUCUAAUCUCCCACAUCACAUCCCAUCCCUCCGCUCUCCUCGUCUAACUCCACUGGCUUCCCGUCGGCUCGUGCUGUUUAUUCAAACUCCUCGCCCGCGUUUGCCAACGGCCCCGUGGCUCUGCGCCCUCCCCACCUCGCUGCUCUUGUUUCUUGCCAUGUCCCCCUCGGCCCCAGCGGUGACACUUUCUGUGGUCCCUCACUGCUCCUCCCCUCCCUGUGCUCGCUCACGGUGCCGCUCCGUCUCCCUCCUGGCUCCCCUCCAGUGGAAUCAACUCCCUCAGGCAACUUCACGAAACCAUUCUUCGUUCCGUACGACUCCUCGUUUUUCACCAGGGUAUCCCUCGACUACUUCCUGCCAGAGGUGUGGACUCGAGUCAUGUGACUUGGACUCGAGUCAGACUCGAGUCAUGAAUUUGAUGACUUCAGACUCGACUUGGACUUGCAUAACAAUGACUUUGUCCCACCUCUGAGGUGUGGACUCGAGUCAUGUGACUUGGACUCGAGUCAGACUCGAGUCAUGAAUUUGAUGACUUCAGACUCGACUUGGACUUGCAUAACAAUGACUUUGUCCCACCUCUGCUUCCUGCCCUCACCCCUCGCCACCCUCCUUCCCUCUCCUAACCCCCCUCACCCCUUUCCCGGUCAUCACCCUCCCUUGCCACCCCUCCCCAACACUCAAACUCCAUGUCAGGCGCUUUGUCUAAAGCGCCGUAUUAACUCCUAGAUGGGAAAUGAUGUCACACACCCAGAGCGUCGACUGAGUUUUUGUAUUAUUCGCUUGCUAGUUACUGAGCUCAUUGGGGAGUUAGGAUACCUCAUAAGAUGGACAAUUGGCUAAACUAACGUUGAUGUUCAUUACCCCCCCCCCCCCUGCGUCUGCGUUUAUUCCUGGGAACAUUGAUUAAGGGGGGGGGGGUGUUACUGUGCUCGGUUGAAACAGAAUUCAACAAGGGGGGGGGGGUCGGAGUAGCCAAGCGCACGUUGAGAAUGACCACUGCCCGAGUGACGAGGCCUACCAAGUGCUCGCGUGAUAUCUGUGGGAGAGAAGUCGGUACGGUUUUUUCAGCGUGUGAAUUCUUCAGCCAGGGAUUUUUACUUUCCGUCAGCCGUAACGGGAAUUCUUCGUCUCCAGAGAUCUCUCUCUUUCUCUCCCCCAGAGAUAUCGAUCUCUCUCUCUCUCCCAGAGAUAUUGAUCUCUCGCUCUCUCUCCCCCAUUUGCCAUAUCCACACGUGGGGUCUAGAGUCUGCGUGUGGGCCACCGGCGAUCUGCCGUAGCGUUCGCGGCGCGGCGUGGAUGAUGAACCCACCACGCGCUGGUGACAUCGAGCGCCGGGUGCUCCACUCGCGGUGGUUGUGUCCAAGGCGACCCUCACCUCGUCCCGAGACGUCUCGGUCGGCGCGGGGGCGAUCGCGGCUGCGGGAUGCGCGGAGUCAAUGUCUGUGCGGUCGCGGCCUGCGGUUUUAUUUAUUGACAUUCGAUGUUGUUACGUUGUCCGCUGUGAACUGUGAAGUUUGUCCCCCCUUAACUGUGAA